GUUUCGCGACAUGCCGCGUCGAGAUACGGCGGGCGGAUGUUUCAAAGUAAAAGACAGUUUGGUUUCUUAGCAACAGCGAUGAAGAAACAUCAACAGAAAACGUUUUUCACCAACUGACCCACUGACUCUGCAAAACUAGUUAGUGCAAUUAGUUAGUAAGUUUUGGCCCAGAAUAUCUGACAAGAACUACUGGUUUUAAAAGCACCAUGUCUUCAGAGGUGAAGAUCAUGUCAGCAGGGCCUGGUCCAGAUCCACCAUCCAGGCCGAUCAGCGAGGAGGCCAUGAGGAUCCUGGAGCCUUCCCAGAAGAAGCUGCCCUCCCUGGAGGCAGAGCGCACCGCCGGUGUGAUGGCGGACUGCCUCCACCAGGUGGAGCUGCUGGCCAUGCUGCCCUCCGUGCUGCAGAACCUGGACCGCCUGUCUCCCAGCCUGAGCGAGGAGCUCGGCGAGGCUCUGAGCGGGCACCGGCUCACCGUGGAGAGGGUAGACCAGGCGGAGGAGGCGCCGACGGCUGAGCUGGACAAGGAGUUCCGGUCCUCCUUGAAGAACGUCCUGAGGCUGCUGCGGGACCGCCCCGCCGACCUCAGGGCUGUGAGGGGCGCGGCCGCGGCGGGGGGCCCGGGGCGGAGCGACGGCAUGCAGGGUCUGAUCGGGGGGCUGCAGGGUCUCCACCGGAUCCUGGUGCAGCGCCUGCUGACCGGGCCCGGCGAGGAGAGGCAGCGGGCGCGGUUCCUCCAGGACCUGGCUCAGAGACACGCCAACAACCUGGGCCUGCUGGCCCUGUUGGAGGAGAAGGUGGCUGCCGUCACCCGGGAGAGAGACGCGGAGAUCUCGAAGAAGGACGCGGUGAUCUCCAAGCUGCAGAACUCGCUGCAGCUGAUGGAGAAGACCUCCAGGGACUUUGUGACGCGGACGCAGCAGGACGCAGAGAAGCAGAGCCUGUCGAACAUCAAGACCUGGGAGGGGAAGCAGGCCUGCAUGCAGCAGGACAUCGACAAACUCGUCCUCCAACUCAACACCCUGGUCCUGGAGAACCGGCAGGUGGAGAAGGGCCUGAGAAAGAAAAGAUUCAAGGUGGAGACAGAGAUUGAGAACUGGCUCCAGAAGUACGACGCGGACAUGGGGGAGAAGCAGGAGGAGCUCCAGGAGGUGGGCGGGGCCUUUGGGGAGGAGCAGCAGGAGAGGGCGGACCUGGAGGAGGCGUACGGCGUCCUGGCGGAGGAGUACGACCAGAUCAUGGAGGCGCGGCGGCGGCUGGAGGAGGCGCAGCGGGAAGAGGCCCGGGAGCUGGGCCUGCAGACGGGCGGGGCGGUGGUGAUCCAGGCCUGGUGGAGGGGCUACUGCGUCCGCAAGAACAUGAGGGCCAAGGCCAAGGGCAAGGGCAAGGCCAAGGGCAAGGGCAAGAAGGGCAAAUAGACACUCUGCGGCCCCCCUAGCCAUGCCCCCUUGGAGGGGGACGGACUCCUCACGGUACUACAUCGAGUAAAGGAACACUUCAGGAAACUAACGUUCACAUUCAAUAGAACAAAAUCAACACACAAUCAGAUUCAUACUCGAAACUACGACAUUGGUGUUUUAUUUUAUUUAUUAUUUUGAAAUAAAAUAAGUGGUUAUUUUCAAGUAAAUAAACUAAUGGGCAUUAAAAAUAGGCUGCUGUUUACUGCUUAAGAGUUUAAUGUUCAGAUGUUAAUUUUAGACUAGCUCUGUGUAGCAAUGUACCCUACCCUCACUGAAAAGGUUAUCUUUUCUGAUACAUACCUCAAUAAUUAAAUGUUCAUUUCAUCAAAACAAAUUGUUGAAUCAAACUGAUGAAUGCAAAGGUAGCAUUUUUAUUUAUAAUGAGGCAAAGAGCAACGUUUAAUGAAUUAUAAUACGACCAUUCCAGUCGGCAUGCACCACGUUGGCCACAGGGUGGCAGUAUAGACGUGCUGAUCGAGUCUACGGCAAAAAACUAAAUCGUGCAGUUUGCUUCUG